AUGGUCGACAAGGCAGUGCGCACUGUGGUGGCAUGCUCGGAAAAUCAAGCAUUUGGAUUGGAUGGGACGGAGAUUGCCAAGACCAUUGAGUCCACCACGGGGGAUCUGACGGAGUGGUACUUGAUGAACGACAAGCCGUUCGGAGGCGAGGGCAAAGGGUGGUUGGUCGGCUUUCUCAAGCUCCACAGGGAAGGCGGAGGCAAGCAGGUCCGGGUGCGAGGCGUGGACGGGGAGGGACGCCCAAUCAACCACCUCUACACCAUGCAUGAGAGGAAGCUCCCGGGGCACAAGCAGGGAAGCAACUACGUUGAGUGCGUGAAGUUGUGCCGCAGGUUUGCCCGAGAUUGCGUGGACAACCUCAACGAGCGUCUGGAUGACCUAGGGAAGCUAAGGCCGAUGAAGUUGUUUCAGGCGGGAAAGUGGUCGAAGAUCAAGGCUCAACAAGAGAAGAAGUGCCGUGAGUGGCUGCUGGGAUGCAGCAAGCUUUUCUGCAACAAGCUGCCGGGAUUCGACCUCAAGGCAGCAGAGAGGGAGCUUCCGACUUUCUGUGCGAUCAUGGAGACGCACCACGAGUUGGAGAGCUUCUCGCAGGGGCUGACUGUCUUUUUCGAGAGUGCAGACUCCUAG